AGCGCGCGCUGCCGCCCGAGAUCCCGACAUGAGCCGGCUCCGUCGAGUCCCGCUCGCGUCCUCCCUGCUUCUCCUCGUCCUCCUGACCGUCUCCGAGAGAGCCUUUUACGGAGUUUCAGCUCAUUUGAAUCUAGAUUGCAAGUGCUUCCGGCUGGAGUCUCAGUUUGUCCCACAGAGCCGCAUGGCUGGUAUAGUGAUUUUCUCCAAGCAGCCUUUCUGCCAACGUAUCGAAAUCAUAAUCUUCUUGAAGAAUUUGAAGAGAACCUGCCUGGAUCCCAAAGCAAAAUGGGUCCAGGAGCUAGUGGACAAAGUUCAAGAGCGUACUGAAAAUAAGCCAGCGCAAUGAUGGAGGCUUUGAUCACGCAUUACAACAUCCAAAUGCCAGAGGACACCAACAGGAAGUUUUCCUGCUAAUUCUCCUGGAUUGGGGAAAAAAUGAUUUGAUGAAGGAGUGGC